GCGCAACGUUGGGAUUAUCACAUGAGUCUGUUAUCGCGGCUAUUUCGCACUUGGUACUCUUCGAACUUUAUGGUUUCCUAGCAUAAAAUCAAUAAAAGUCGUCUGAAUAAACUUUUGGAUGCUUAUGACAGUCGAAAAAAAGGUGGAGAACUGGGUCCAGGGUGGUAAACGUCAAAAAAUUGACGAACUUGACGAUAUUUUGGUGGAUAUUACGGGUUAUUCUUUCUCCCACUUGAGGACCACUUUUGUGUACACUGGGUUCGUUCUAACAUGCGGACUGUUGAGACUAGUUUUUCACUGGUUUCCGCACUGGAUGCUGAUGUGUAUGUAUAAUAAGUGCGCUUUGAUGGAGGCUGAGAAGAUUCUCGUUCAGGAUAUCUAUGGUGUUUACUACAUGCAUGAUGUGAUCGUUGACGUUAUUGAAGGAGUGAAUUAUACCAGGAGGUCUUACGUCCGUAAGCCUGUGUCUUUCAUGAAGUCACGAAUGAUGAGCACUGAGAAUGAUGGUAGGAUGAUGUGUUAUUUCAUUCACAAAUGUUUAAAGUACGUAUGGAAUGGCGAGACUCACCGUUUCGAGCUCAUCAGGGGCUGGCAUGAAACUACAUAUGAAGAAAUUCUGGAUUCUAAGCCUUUGAAUAACGAAACAGUCCUUAUGAAUCGUGCGUUGUAUGGAAUGAAUGAAAUAAGUAUCAAUCUUACUUCAAUUGUCAGGCUUCUACUUGAUGAGUGCUUGAAUCCAUUCUACUGUUUCCAAAUAUUCAGUUGUAUUUUGUGGUAUUCUGAAGAGUACUGGACGUACGCUACUUGUAUUGUUGUUAUUUCAAUUAUGUCACUAUCAUGGCAAGUUUAUGAACUACGUAGAAACGAAAAGACUCUUAAAGAAACUAUGUGUAUAUCCUCUUCUGUAAUCGUUUAUCGAGAGGAAGAUGGGGUUAAAGAAUUCAAAGAAGUGGAUUCCAUUUCAUUAGUUCCCGGUGAUAUAAUCGAAAUUCCACAAAACGGGUGUCUGGUUCAAUGUGAUGCCAUCUUACUAGCAGGAAACUGCAUAGUAAAUGAAAGUACAUUGACCGGUGAAAGUGUUCCAGUUACCAAAAUUCCCUUACCCGAUUCACCAUCAAAGGGUACGUUAUUCGAUAUCAAAGUUCAUGGUCGGCAUAUUUUAUUUGCUGGUACUACUGUUAUUCAAACAAGAAAUUAUGCAGAUGAGCGAGUUCUGGCUGUUGUUGCACGCACUGGCUUUUACACUGUCAAGGGUGAGCUUGUACGGUCAAUUCUGUUUCCGAAACCUCUGAAAUUCAAAUUCACCCAAGAUUCCUUCCGGUUUAUUUUUGCUUUGUCUAUUCUUGCUGUGGUUGGUUUGGGAGUUUCAAUCUACUUAAUGAUCAGAGUUAAUGUUGGUGUUGGUGACAUUAUCCGUCGAGCGUUAGAUUUAGUUACUGUGGUGAUACCACCAGCCUUACCUGUUGUAAUGACAGUAGGAGUUGUUCUGGCUCAACGACGUUUGCUAUCGCAUGGGAUUUUUUGUGUCAAUCCAACCGUGAUCAAUGUUUGUGGAGUAAUCAAUGUAGCUUGUUUUGAUAAAACGGGUACUUUAACCGAAGAUGGUUUGGAUAUGUGGGGUAUCAUUCCUUACAAAGAUGGUUUAUUUGGAGAUCCAGAAUUAGAACCAUCAGAGUUGGGUAAUGGUCCUCUAAUGGAAUGUUUAGCGACUUGUCACUCAUUGACAUUGAUUGAAGGAGUUCUGUGUGGAGAUCCUCUGGACUUAAAGAUGUUCCAGUCAACUAAAUGGGAACUCAUUGAAGAAGCUGCUGAUCACUGUAAAUUUGAAAUGGCUGUCCCUGCUAUCGUACGUCCAUCCAGUAAAACCAGUUUGACAGAAAAGACUUCUGAAAAAUUCAAUGGUGAUGAUAUUCCAUAUGAAGUGGGUAUUUUACGUCAAUUUCCAUUCAGUUCUUCAUUACAACGUAUGUCUGUGAUUACUCGUGCUCUCAAUCAAAAUCAUUUCAAUAUCUAUACUAAAGGUGCACCUGAAACUAUUGAAUUAUUGUGCAGAUGUGAUACUAUUCCUAGAGAUUUCCAUUCUACUUUGUUGGAAUACACACGUGAAGGUUAUCGAGUUUUAGCAUUGGCUUGGAAACCAUUGAAAGCAACCUAUACAAAAGUUUUACGUGUAUCUAGGGAACGUGUUGAGCAAGAUCUACAAUUUCUUGGUCUAUUGAUUAUGGAGAACCGUUUGAAACCGGAAACAACUCAAGUGAUUGAAACUUUAAGAUAUGCCAAUAUUCGACCUGUUAUGGUAACUGGUGAUAAUAUGUUAACUGCAUUGUCAGUAGCUCGAGAUUGCGAGAUGAUCGAUGAACUGGAUCGUAUUAUUCUUGUGUCUGCAAAACCACCACCAUUUCCGCGUCAUGUUCAGUCAUCCAGUCCGAAUGAUUCUGUAACUUGUUCUACCAAAGUUGAUCUACCAAGUGGUCAACAACACAACCAUACUUCUUUAAAUCAUGUUAAUUUACCAUUUGUUUCGUUGACACAAUCACAAGGAACAAGAAGCAACAAUAGACCGCGUACACACUCAAGUUUUAAUGCAGCGAAUUCUUUAUUUGAGGAAAACGUCUUCAAUCAACAAUACGAUUCAUUAGUUGAAUUUCAUUAUGCUGAAGAUUUACACAAACCAGUCACUGAAGUGACAGCUACAACCGAAACAAGAACAACGAGAAAGUCUCAUAGAUCUCAGCCUGUUAAUAAUACUUCGACUGAAACUGAUGCUGACUCGCACACAUUCUCUGUAAGGAGUGGUAGGAAAUCUCGAAAAUUGAUGCAUCGCUUAUGUGAAGAUGUUCCAUGUGUUUCACGAGGAUGUGAACAGCAUUCUUCACCAUCUUCAAGUCCACUUACAGAUAUAACUGCGGUGCCUAAUGUUUCAGUGAAUGGUCACCCUCGUGCUUCUUCAUCCGAUCAUCAACAACAUCACCACUAUGAAGGAAGAAAGAGUGGAUGUUAUUCAAAAGAUGAUUUACAUUCAGUAUCAAAUCGUCGUUUGAAUCCCACUCAUUCUGUAUCUAUACGGAUGCUCGAUCGACCUGAUUUCCACCUAGCUAUGUCUGGCAAAACGUGGGCUAUCAUACGGGAAUAUUAUCCCUGGCUUAUACCAAAGCUUGUAGUCAAGGGUACUGUGUUUGCUCGUUUUCGUCCGGAACAAAAAGCUCAACUGAUCGAAUCACUUCAAUCAGUUGGUUAUUUUGUUUCAAUGUGUGGUGAUGGCGCUAACGAUUGUGGUGCAUUGAAAGUAGCACAUGCUGGGAUUGCGUUAAGCGAAGCUGAAGCCAGUGUUGCUAGUCCUUUCACAUCGAAGCAACAAAAUAUUAGUUGUGUGCCUACACUUAUUCGUGAAGGUCGUUGCGCAUUGACUACUAGUUUUGGUGCAUUUAAAUUUAUGGUCGGUUAUUCAAUGAUUCAAUUUUUCUCUGUUAUACUUUUAUAUUAUAUUGGCAGUAAUAUUUCUGAUCUGCAAUUUUUAUUCAUCGACCUUUUCCUUAUCACAACUCUGGGUCUCACGUUUGGUUAUACUCCGGCGUAUCCUCGUCUCUCGGUGGAACCUCCUGGGAUGCGACUAGUGUCAACUGUGACCUUGUUAUCAUUGGGUUUGCAGUUACUCACUUGUGGUCUUGUACAAUUUUCAGUCUUUGUAUUUACUCGACUACAACCAUGGUAUUUACCACUGUUUACUUAUCAUGAAGAUUAUGAAUUAAAAAAUUAUGAAAGUACGGCCAUAUUCUCCGUAUCUGUCUAUCAAUAUAUUAUAUUGGCUAUUGUAUUCUCUAAAUCUGCACCAUAUCGUCGGUCAAUUUUUUCUAAUCAUUUAUUCGUUGUCAACCUUAUUGCAUGUUUUGCUGGCUCCUUAUACUUAACAUCUCAUCCAGCCCGUGUGGUUCGCAAAUUAUUCGAAGUAAGAUUUCGGUGGAGGAUGAAGCACUGUGUCAUAGUUAUUCUUAUUAAUUGCAGACCAAUUAUAUUGAUUUUCGUUGAUUAACAAUAUACUGGCCAUUGUACUUUUUAAACUAUAUGCAUUUGCCGCGAGAACUGAAGUGAGGGCUGUGGGUUAGAUCCCUGGAGUGUUUUUGGGUACGCACUUUUGAGAUGUCCACUACUUGGCCAAAACAGCUGUCUAGUGCCUCCUGGUUUUUUAUGGUAUUCCAGCAAAAAUCGAUCUAAGACGAAUGCAAUAUAUGAAAGAAGUGAUUUUCUGUUUCAUUGUUUUCAUAUAUUUUUAGGUUAACACAGUUUUAUUUUGUUAUCCUUUUGUUUAUUGUUAUAAAGCUUAAUCCAUUCUCUAUAGAAUUUCGUCCUAACAAUUCUUAACCACAAUUAUUCUGUUUUCCUAAUAAGUGAAUUAUUGUUUGUUUGUGUGUGUAGUGGUAGUUGUAUUAUUAUUAGUAGCAACCACCACUUGGACAUAUUCAUUUGGUACAUAUACAUACUGAAUAGAGAGAUUCACAUUGUUUCUAUAGAAGGACAAUUUUCUUUAAUCUAGCUUUGUACAUUGUCCUUGUAUUUUUUGCAUACAUUGUUUGCGUUACAAUACAUCAUUGUAUUGUCAUUAACAUGACUAUUAUUGUUAUUACCACGUCGUAUUGGUUCAGUUUAGUUCGGUGGAUAUUUAGUGUAAUUAGUCUGUAUAGAAGGCAUUUUGACUGUGGUCUUCUCAAGAACUGAUACCACCUUUACUUGAUUAUAUUAGUGUGUUUCUGCGAAAGCAGCACUAUGAUAUGGUUUUUGUCUUCUAAUUUGAAUGUAAACCUUGUACCGGCUAAUAUGAUCUUUUGUAGUGUUGGAUAUUAAUUAUUUUUGAAGUUUUCGUCACUUUGAAGAUACUUGUUGGAAGUAACUGACAAACGUUCUUCUGCAGGAGACUUUCGAAAAACAAUUCAUAAAAGGGUUGGACAAUUUCGUGACUGUUUAUUUACAUUUCUGACAGACUCUUUAGAUUGUAUGUGAUGUUAUUGGUUUUGUUAUUUUAUUUCCAGCUGUGUCGUUUUCCUUCAGUUUAUUUUGUAAUAAUUCUUCAUGGAAUAGUAUUGGGGAAUUUACUAUUUGGAUAUAUUUUGGAAUCGAUAGUUGAUGGCGUUUCAUUUCGAAAACGAAUACGUCAUAUUCAACAUGCUUUAUUUCCCAGACAUGUUUCACGUAAAGACUAUGAACACAUUCGUGAUGAAAUAGAUAGAUUAGCUGGAGUGUGGCCACCAAUUAUACGAUCUGCUAGUGUACAAGCGUUACCAAGAGAGCUGUUCAAUGAAAGUGAUGUUGUUGGACAAAUUGUACAAACAUCAAGAAAACGUUAUAAUUCAAGACUUUCAACUGACAGUGAAUCUGAUGAAGAUUGUAUUCCAGUUACUUCUGAGGAGAAAGCUGUCCUUUGUAAUAGUCUACGUGAUAAUAAUAUUAUUCAUCAACAAGUACAAUUACAUUACAAUGCUCAAUCUCCAUUUCAACCGUCUUGUGUUUUUGAUAAUAUGCCGAAAAGUGCGAUCGAAAAGUCAUUUAACAAGAAGCGGACACGUUCUACUAGCACCCAUAAUCGCCAUUCAUUUAACACUACGAGAAGCCUUGAAAGCAAAGGUAUCAAACGCAAUACUUCUAAGGAAAACAGUCCUAGACAACAAACACCUGUAGUUCGGACUCCGACUCGACGACCUGAACGUAUUCGAUCACAGAGUGGACCAAAACCACUUAGUCCAAAUCCCGUCAACCUCCAGUCGGACCCAUUCCAAUCAGCUACCUACCACUGAUAGAAUAAGUUUUUCGGGGAGCUUUACGUUGUUAGUCUUUCGAUGUAUAUUAUUUACUGUUAUCAUCAGUGGACGAUUUCAAAUCAAUAACUGUAUUUUAUCCCAAAUCGCUGUACACAAUAUGAAUUGCUUUUUUUUCUUGUCCCUAAUUUGGAUGAUUGAUUUUCUCUUAACUCUUACGUUAACCUGUGAAAAUCUUUCUGUCAGGUCACGUUUUGUCUUUCUUUGUUAUAUUAGCAAGAAUAUUAACCAGAAACUUAUGUAAUUCAUCCAUCUCAAUUUUCAUUCUUAUUCACUAUCUUUUAACUUAAUAGAGCAUAACUAUCAAUUUUAGACAGAAAACAAAAGACCUUUCAUUAUCGGUAAUUUUCUCGUUUACGAAUGUUGUUUUCAUUUUGUGUCUCGACACAUGCGGUCUAUCAGUAAUCCCAUUACUAUAUCAUUCGCUCACUCUAGAGAAAUUCUUGCUUACAUAAAGUAACACUUACAGAAAACCAACUGUCAAAUUGAGUAGACCGUACUAUCACGUAUUUUUCGAUUUAUGCUUCGAAUAGGUAAGAAUUAUCUCAUUUCUGUUUGACUCAUGGUUCCUAUGAACUACAUUUUUGUGUAUUUCGUAAGCAUCAAGUGAGCUAAAAGUGGGACAGACUGACUGACGAGAGGGUUCAGAGAAUUCAUAGACCCCGCCCUUACUAUGUGAUCUUGCAAAUUACCUAAUGUGUUUUGUGCCAUUUUGUUUUUUAUUUCCAUGUGUACGUUACGUUCACUUGUCAAAGAUUUUUUUCUUUCGUUUUUCUCUUUGUCUAUAAAAUCGAAGUGAUAUUUUUGUUUGAGCACCAAUGUGAUGAUACAUUGUUCAUAAUCAUAAACAAUAUUCAAUUUGAUUGUUUUAGUU